UUCUCAUGAUAACCAAAGGGCAAUGGUUCCUUGUGAAUCGGUGAUUCGGCGUUCUCCGUCGCCAUUUCCGAAACAGAUCACGAAAGCUUGUCAAACCUCGUAGUGCUUACUUCGAUGGGGGAAUCAGAGGACUGGAAGUCUGAAAUUUUUUCCCGUUAUAGCAAUGGGGAAAGUCUGUAUCUGUUGCAAUCUCUUGCACGUUACGUUUGAUAUCUUUUUCUGGUUCUAAGAGGUUUCACGUCUACGUUUUUGUUUGAAGUUAGCCCUCGGAGUUAUACUGAUUUAUGUAUAUGUAUGUAUGUAUGCGUAUAUAUUGCAUCAAACAGUCCGUAUCAGUGGUUUAGGAUAACAUCAGGUAGAAAGAAAUGGUGAGAGUUGCUUCUGAUGGAGGAAUUGGACGUCGUCUACCGCAGUGGAUGCUGGGAGCUCGAGCUGAUGACCAAGUACCACGACCUAAUGAUGUAGAUAACAAGAAGGAGCAUCUAGAUGAACAACUUGACUUUCUGGCCUCCCUAACUAAGGAAGCAGAUUCGGUUUGGUGUCCUCCGAAAUCUGUGUUGCGCCCAGAGACAGAAAUUUUGGUGGAAGAUUUGUGCGUCCCAGAGUGUGAAUCUAAGAAAAGAAAGGGAAGGAAGAGAAAUUCAAGUAAAAUUGACAAGGCUGAGAAUACUGAUGACCCUGAGGUAGUCCCAGCAAAGAAAUCAAAUAGACUUGGAAGGAAGCCGCUGGAUUCUUCUUUGAAAAAAAGAAAAAGGCUGAAGAAAUCGGGCUCUGGAAGUAAUUUAGAUGUCGAAGUCCAACUUCAGGGUGAUGAUGAUACAGAAUUGACAGUGGAAGAUCUGAUGGUCAUUGCAAAAGAGUAUGUUGAAGCUGAUGAGGAUAGGGCUGGUAAACACAAAUUAUAUGGAGAACCUGAAUCUAGUAGCUUAAAUCAAACAACGAGCUACACCAGGAAUCAAUCAGACGGAUCUUUUAUUACUAAUAACGACAGUGAGCAGAGUUCAUUGAACUUUAAACCUGCAGUUUCUUGUGAUUCAACUGUAAUUUCAGAUUGUGAAAAGGUUGAUGUAGGUGUCAGGAGAACAGGAGAUCCUGCAAAGGACAUGCUGGAUUUAUUUCUGGGUCCUUUGCUUAAGAAGUCCUCAGACAACGAGCAAUCCAAAUUUGUUACAAAGGACAUACAAUUUGCUUGUGACUUGAAAAGUCAAAGUCAAAGUCAAAGGCAUAAUGAUAAUGUUGGAGAAGUGGUCUCAGUAAUGAAGAAGAAGAGCAGCUUGAAAGAUAAGGAACAUUGGACUACAAGGUGGCUGAUCUGAUCCCUACAGCUGUUUCGUCUUAACUGAUAUCAUCCAGAUGAUGUAUCUGAGGUGAAGUGUCUAUAAGGUGAAGGCUGUCUGUAACUCCCGAUACGAGACUGAUUCGAAGGGCAGAGGAAGUACGCUAUCGAGUAUCUUU